AACGUAAUAAAUAAAACAAAUCAAAAAAAAUUUGUUUAUUAUUUAAUUAUAUAUUUUUGUUGUUUAUUGACCGCUAGUGUCUGUGCGGUGACCACUAUAUUAUAGCCGCUGCCAAUUGAUAACUUAAUUUCUAGUGGACAACACAUCAUCCAAUACCCGACCUGACCUGACCCGACCCGACGCGUGAAAUAUGUCUGAAAGAAAAGUAUUGAAUAAAUACUAUCCGCCGGACUUUGAUCCGUCAAAGAUACCGCGUCUACGGCUGCCGAAGACACGCCAAUACACUGUCCGAUUGAUGGCGCCGUGCAAUAUGCGAUGCAAUACGUGCGGCGAUUAUAUAGCCAAAGGCAAGAAGUUUAACGCACGCAAAGAGACCGUCGACGACGAAAGUUAUUUGGGACUAAAAGUUUUCCGCUUUUAUUUCAAGUGUCCGCGAUGUAUGGCCGAAAUUACGUUCAAAACCGAUCCGAAAAGUAUGGACUACGAGGUCGAGCACGGGGCUACACCUAAUUUUAAGGCCUUGAAGUUGGCCGAACAACAGGCCCGACAGGAAGAAAAGGAUAGGGAGGAAGAGGAACGACUGAAUCCGAUGAAAUUGUUGGAAAACAGGACUAAACAGUCGAGACGUGAAAUGGAAAACUUGGAAGCGCUGGAAGAUCUUAAAGAGUUGAAUCAACGAAAUCGUGAGUUUGCACCGAUGAUCAACAAUGAUGGCUACGAUGACCAGACAACAGCGGCGGCGGCGGCGGCCAAUAAUCAGCCGCAACUAACUGCUGAACAGUUGCAGAAACUGAUGGACAGCCAGAUUGACGACGAAGAGCGCCAACUGUUGCGUCAGUUUAGAGGCGAAGAUAUUGAUGACGACGACGACGAUGUUGUUGUUGAAGACGAUGACAAUGACGACGACAACGACAACAAAGUGAUUGCCGCCACCAGUGGUGGUAAACAACAACAGCAACAACAAGUGUUACCGAAAUUUGGUAUCAAUUUUAGUACAAUUGAUAAAGAGUUUACCGCCGAUAGCAGUGGCAUCGUUGACAAUACUUUGACCACAAAAGAGUCGAUGAAAAGAAAGCUGGAGAAGUUGGUUGUCGUCAAGAAAGUGGCCAAAACUACUAAUACUACUACUACUACUACUGAUGUUAAUGUAUUGGCCAGUAAUACAGCAAUAGGACAGUCGACUAGUAGUAGUAAUAAUAUUAAUAAUAAUACAUCAAAAAGUUUGCUAAAUUUGUGUGCAUAUUCAUCAUCAGAUGAUAGCAAUUAA